AUGCCCUCUACGUACAAAAAGGAUAAGCCGUGGGACACAGACGACAUCGACAAGUGGAAGGUCGACCCUUUCACUCCCGCCGACAAUGCGGGUGGCACCUUUGCCGAGGAAUCAUCCUUUGCCAUCGUCUUCCCUAAGUACCGCGAAGUAUACCUGAAGGAAGCAUGGCCUCUGGUCACUAAGGCUCUCGAGAAGACUGGCAUUGCCUGCUCUCUGGACUUGAUUGAAGGUUCCAUGACCGUCAAGACGACAAGAAAAACAUUCGAUCCCGCUGCCAUCCUCAAUGCACGCGACCUCAUCAAACUCCUCGCCCGAAGCGUCCCCGCGCCGCAGGCUAUCAAGAUUCUCGACGAUGGCGUCGCCUGCGACGUCAUCAAGAUCCGCAGCCUGGUGCGCAACAAGGAACGCUAUGUCAAACGUCGCCAGCGCAUUCUCGGCCCCAACGGCUCGACCCUCAAGGCUCUCGAACUUCUCACUCAGACCUACAUCCUCGUACAGGGUAGCACAGUCUCCGUCAUGGGACCCUUCAAAGGACUCAAGGAGGUCCGUCGCGUCGUAGAAGAUUGCAUGGCCAACAUUCAUCCCAUCUACCACAUUAAGGAGCUCAUGAUCAAGCGCGAGCUCGCAAAGGACCCGGAACUCGCGAACGAGAGCUGGGAUCGUUUCCUGCCCAACUUCAAGAGAAAGACGCUCAGCAGAAGACACAUGCCUCACAAGGUCACAGACAAGAGCAAGAAGACUUAUACGCCAUUCCCGCCGGCGCCCGAAAAGAGCAAGGUCGACAAGCAGAUCGAGACAGGAGAGUACUUCCUCGGAAAGGAGGCCAAGGCCAAGGCUGCCCAGGCCGAGCGGAUGGAGCAGCAGAAGCAGAAGAAGGAGGAGAAGCUGCGCGAGAGGGAAAAGGACUUUGUGCCGCCCGAGGAGUUGGGCCACAAGAAGAAGAAGAGAAAGAAGAGCGAGGACGACGAGUAA